AUGCAAAAACAUUUUCAGGGAUUUGUCUAUGGAAAAAGAGUGAAAGCAGUGGAGGGAAGCAUCCAGUUAAAGCAGCAAGUUUUUGCUGAUCUUGAGCAUUAUUGCCCUCAACAUUGCAUUUUUGCAAGCAGUAGUCCCACACUUGACUUAAAUCUAAUUGGAGAAAGAACAAAAUCCCAAUUCCGGAUUGCUGGGGCCCACUUGUGUAGUUCCUCUGUCCUGGAAAUAGUUAAUACUGAGUGUACAUCGCCCCAAGUAAUUGUUGACUUACUUGAUGUGGCAAAGAAGAUGAAGAAAACACCAAUUUUGGUACGUAAUGGCAGUAGCAGUGGACUUGUGGUGAACAGGAUCUGUGGCAUGUAUUCUCAAGCAGCAAUGUUUGUUGCUGCUGAACAUGGUGAAGAAGGGAAGCACCAUGUGGAAAAAGUGAUGGAGAAAUUUGGGAUGGGCAUCAGUCCAUUCAGAAUGAUGGACGUUGUUGUUGUUGAGAGCAUGUCAACCCUAUUACAAAAGAAGCAAGAUACUGGCUCAGGUACCUGGAACGAGGCAAAGGAUUCGCCAAAUGAUUUUAAGGUGGCAAAGUUGUCGGAAGAAGAUAUAAUGAAGAUGAUAUUAUUUCCGGUUGUGAACGAAGCCUGUUGCAUCAUGGAAGAAGGAAGCGUUGUGAAGGCUUCUGAUAUCGAUGUUGCUUCUGUUGUGGCAAUGGGAUUCCCCUCUUAUAGGGGUGGAGUUGUUUACUGGGCCGAUCAUACUCUUGGAUCCAAAUAUAUCUGCUCAACACUCGAAACCUGGUCAAAUACAUACGGACCAUUCUUCAAGCCUUGUGCUUAUUUAAGGAAACAUUCUUCAAUUGGGACACCACUUAUGCAGAUCAAAUCACACCUCUAG